CACCUGCUGUCCUCUCCCCUGCAAAAAACCCGAAUCUCUCUUUCUCCAUCCUCUCAUCGAAAGCGAAAUCGAAAAAAAACAAAAAAACCACUCGGAAAUUAAACAACAAAACGGAUCUCCAACAUCACGAACCUGAGUAACUGAAACCCUAAUAGCUGCGAAACUCUUUAUCCUCUCUAUCUCUAAAAGUCUCUACGCACGUGAAGGAACGAAACUAGGGUUAGGGUUAGGGUUAGGGUUAGGGUUAAGUUUCAGCUUAGAAAAUUAGGUUUUUUUUGGUCCGAGAGAUUUGAAUUAGACCUAGACUGGAAUUAGGAUCAGGGUUGGUUUUGUGAUGGAAUGCGACGGUUGUGAGGGUGAUAGAGAAGGUUGUUGUUGCUAUCGUCGGGAAUGACCGGAGGCCGAUGCCACCGGCGAAAGAAGAUGAUGGGUAGGGGUCCUGAUGGAGGUUGCGGCGCUGAUGAGAGGCCUUGCCGUUCAGUUUCGAGGGUUCCGGCAGCCAAUUCCCUCGCAAACGAACCUGAAAUACCUCAACCAACAGUAAAGAAACCGACUUCACUCGAAGUCGAUUUCUUCUCCCAAGCUAAUAAGGUCUUAAGCGUGCACUCGCCAUUCGAUGUCGCAGAGAACGCGUCUGGUUCUGGUGUUCCAAGUUUUCCAAUCUUGUCUACUUUGCCUAGCCGGCUGGCUAGUUUGUUGAGGCAAUCAGAUGGCAGUAGAAAGAAACAUAAAAGGUCUCAUUCUGGCGUGGACAAGAAGUCUUCAUCACGGGUGAGUGACAGGUCUAAAGGAGGGAAUAUAUGGGUCGAGACUGAAGAGUUCUUUAGGGGAUUGACAUUGCCUGAUAUUGAUGCUUUGUUUGAACUAUCUUCUUUAUUUAAUUCUUUAGGUUAUACUAAGUGUUUCUAUAUUCCUUAUAUUGGAAAUGAGAAAAUAGAGAGAAUUGAGACUACUGCCACAAAUGUGAAAACUGAGGAAAAUCUGAAUGGGAAGGCUGAAGGAAACAACACUAAUGAACAAUCUGACACAAGUGCCAAUGUGGAGAAUGCAAAUGAUAAUGUGGAAAUGGAUUGUGUGGAUGGAAAUGGAAAAAAACUCAUAGUGAAAGAUGAGGGCAGUCAAGAGGAUGGGCAGUUUAUGGAAAUCGACAGCGUGGCUACUCAAAGCGAUGGAGCUGAGUGUUUGACCCAGGAGGAAGCAAAUGGUUGCUCUGUUUCUGAUUUUUCUAGCAGUGUAGAAUGGCUUUUAGGCUGUAGGAAUAGGAAUAUAUUGACUUCUGAAAGGCCUUCCAUGAAGCGGAAGCUUUUAGGCAGUGAUGCAGGAUUGGAGAAGGUUUUGGUUGGUCGUCCUUGUGAAGGAAACUUGUCAUUAUGUGAUUUUUGCUGCAAGGGCGAGACGGGUAAUGUUUCAAACAGGUUAAUUGUUUGCUCUUCUUGCAAGGUUGCCGUUCAUCUUAAGUGUUAUGGUGUGCAAGGGGAUGUAAACAAGUUUUGGUUGUGUUCAUGGUGCAAGCAGAAGAGUGAUGACAACGAUUUAGUCAAGCAGUCUUGUGUGCUUUGUCCAAAGGAGGGUGGAGCUUUGAAACCUGUUAAUGUAGAAAAUGGUGGGUCUGUUCUUGAGUUUGUGCACUUGUUUUGUUCCCAGUGGACGCCUGAGGUCUAUAUAGAGGACUUAACGAAGAUGGAGCCAGUUAUGAAUGUGGGGGGAAUUAAGGAGACCCGAAGAAAAUUAGUCUGUAAUGUAUGCAAGGUGAAGUCUGGUACCUGUGUUCGGUGCAGUCAUGGAACCUGCAGAACUUCUUUCCAUCCUAUAUGUGCUAGGGAAGCAAGACAUAGGAUGGAGGUCUGGGGAAAAUAUGGUUCCAAUAAUGUUGAAUUACGAGCUUUUUGCUCAAAGCACAGUGAACUCCCUGAUGAUAAGGAUACCCAUCAAUUAGGAGAGGCUUUUGUGGCUGCCAGCCACAACUGCUCUGUUGCCAGCCAUGAUCCAUCAGAAUUGCAAAUGGACAAACAACACAAGUUAAAUAGUGGCCGAAAUGGAGAUAAACUUGCAGUCCACAUAGAAACUUCUGAUACUAAUUCUGGUAAACCUGGUGAUGGUGAAUCAUGGGAAAUAGAAUUGAAUGAUUUGAAAUCAGAUGCCGUACCUUUGUCAGAAUCUGGGGAUGUGGACCAACUCAUUGAUACAGGGAUAUUUGAGAGAGGUGGCUAUGGGGAUGCUAGCCCUUCUGACUUCCAAAAUCUUUUGCUGAUUUUGAAGAAGCUAAUCGAUCAAGGAAAAGUCAAUGCAGAAGAAUUGACAACGGAAAUUGGCAUCUCACCUGAUUCUUUAAUUCCAACACUCGCUGAAGUUAAUUUGGUCCCUGAUUUUCAGGCCAAAUUAGUCAGGUGGUUUCAAAAUCAUGUUCACUUGGCUAGUCGACAUAAAAAUUUGAAAGUUCAACUAAAAUCCACAAUUUUUCCAAAGGCUGAGAUUGGAACAGCAGAUCAUUCUGAUGGUAUAACUGUAUCAGAGAGUGAUAUUACAGAUGCUGUUGCUGUUAAGUCAGUUCCCCCAGGGAGAAGAACCAAAAGUAACAUUAGGAUUUUGAGGGACAACAGUGUAAUUUGCUCACCUGAGGAAAUUUUGAGCGCCAACGGUAUCAUAAUGAAUGGGAUUAAAGCCGUUGAUCAACUGGGAAGUGAAGAACCAGAAAAUUUUAGGGAAGUAUCCAUCCCUAAUGUGGCUGAAAAGAUUCCUGAUGUGUUACAAGACUCUUCGGUUUUGCAUUUGCCUAAAAGUGAAGAUGGAAGCCUUUCUGUAAAAAUUGAACAAGUGCACGCUGCUAUUCCAGACAAGAGUAAUUCAAUUAAUACAGAUGGGGCAGUUUCUGUUUUUUCAGAUGUUAACUUUGUCAUCCCUAAUCUCAUAGAGCCAGAAGCGUAUUCUAAUUCUUAUGUCCAUCCAUGUAUACAUGAGAAGCUGUCACAGAUACAAAGUGGAAUGCUUUUGCAGAAAGGAAUUUCUGAACUUGAAGGUUCAAAAGACGGAGAAAUCUCUCGUUUGGAGGCCUCUUCCAAUGCCAGUGUCUGUUGUAAUCAUCGGCAUAAACACUCCAAGUGCAAUGACUUGAUCUGUAGUUCCAGUGAAGUAAAUCCAGAGCAGCUGGCUAAAGCUAAGAAACUGGGAAUUCUCAAACUAUCUCCGGUGGACGAAGUGGAAGGAGAAAUUAUCUAUUUUCAGAAUAGGUUACUUGGCAAUGCAGUUGCAAGGAAGCACUUUACUGAUAAUUUAAUAUCUAAGGUUGCUAGGCAUCUACCCCAGGAGAUAGAUGCAUCUAGGGGGCAAAGGUGGGAUGAAGUACUUGUUAACCGGUAUCUUUGUGACGUUAGAGAAGCAAAGAAGCAGGGCAGGAAAGAAAGAAGGCAUAAGGAAGCCCAGGCUGUUCUGGCUGCAGCAACUGCUGCUGCAGCAGCUUCUUCUCGGACUUCAUCAUUUAGGAAAGAUGCCUUGGAUGAAUCUGCUCACCAGGAGAAAUAUAAUACUUCUAAUGGGAGGGCUGGCAUUUCUUCUCAGUUGAUGCCACGUCCAAAAGAAAUGCUUUCAAGGGUGGCUGUUCCAAGGAUUUCAUCAGAGAAGUACUCUGAUUUUGUUCAGUCAAUUUCAGAUUUUUCUAAAGAUCACCCUGGACCAUGUGAUAUAUGCAGACGAUUUGAGACAAUACUGAACCCUAUUUUAGUCUGCUCUGGCUGCAAGGUUGCAGUUCACUUGGAUUGCUAUCGUUGUGUGAAGGAAUCUACUGGUCCAUGGCAUUGUGAAUUAUGUGAAGAAUCAUUGUCAUCUAGAUGCUCUGGAGCUCCUGUCAAUUUUUGGGACAGGGCAAAUGGUGUUGAAUGUGGUUUAUGUGGUGGUAUUAAAGGUGCUUUCAGGAAAUCUACUGAUGGUAGAUGGGUUCAUGCCUUUUGUGCAGAGUGGGUCUUUGAACCAACAUUCAGAAGGGGACAAGUAAAUCCUGUUGAAGGAAUGGAAAAGAUUGCCAAGGAGAUUAACAUUUGUUGUGUCUGCUGCCAUAGACAUGGUGUCUGUGUAAAAUGUAGUGCUGGUCACUGUCAGGCCACAUUUCAUCCCACCUGUGCUAGGAGUGCAGGUUUUUACAUGAAUGUUAAGACUCUUAAUGGCAAGAUGCAGCACAAGGCUUACUGUGAAAAGCAUAGCUUGGAGCAGAAGGCAAAGGCUGAAACUCAAAAACAUGGAGAAGAAGAGAUAAAGAGCAUGAGGCAAGUCAGGGGUCAAUUGGAGAGAUUACGUCUUCUUUGUGAGAGAAUUGUUAGACGUGAAAAAAUAAAGCGGGAGUUGGUUUUAUGCUCACACAGCAUACUUGCUUGCAAGCGAGACCAAGUUGCUCGUUCAGUACUUGUUCGGAGUCCCCCUUUCCCUACAGAUGUCAGUUCAGAAUCAGCUACAACAUCCCUCAUUGGGAACACAGAUGGGUACAAGUCAUGCAGCGAUGCUGUCCAAAGAUCAGAUGAUGUUACAGUAGACAGCACCAUUUCUGUCAAGCACCGAGUUAAGGUUGCUUUGACCAUGGACACUGACCAAAAGACCGAUGACAGCUCCACAUCUCAAAACCUUUUUACUCCAAAACCUUCAGAGAGGAUGCCUUUUGCUGGGAAGCAAAUACCUCAAAGACCUUCCUCCGCAUCACAUAAUCUUUUGGAUGAAGGAGAAUGGAGCUCAAAAUCAAAGCAUUAUGAGACUUUUGAGAAAGAGCUGGUAAUGACUUCGGAUGAAGCAUCGAUGAAGAACCAGAAGUUACCUAAAGGAUAUUUUUAUAUUCCUGUGGAUUGCCUUCCAAAGGAGAAGCGGAACAAUCAGAAUGCAUGUUCUGGUGAGCCCUUGGAACAUAAUGGUUAGAUGAAAGCAAUUUCUGGACUUGUGAUUUGCCCACUGGAAAUCAACAGCUGUCUAUUGUGGACAAGUACUUUCUUCCCGGAGCGACCAAAUUUACCUGAUUUAUGAAGGGGAGACUGGCAGAAUGAUGCCGAGAUUGGGUUCUAGACCGUGUAUCAACUUGUCUGGAUGUGUAAUGUUCUGGACAAAGUGGGGGGGGGGGGGGGGUUGGGGGAUGUUUUGGCAUCAUCGUUGUAUAAUCAUCAUGAGAGUAACUGUACAGUAGGGGAGGCUGUAUUCCGUUAGAUGUAAUCCCAAGCGGCUCAGAUUUCAUUAUGUUGAUGCCUGUCCCUCUUGGCUGGGAAGCAACGCUUCUUGUAUCUUUGUCCAAGGAAUGAGGAGUUGCCUACAGAGUUUGCGCCGUCAAGUCAAUGUAAAUAUUCUCAGCGUCAUUUCUCACAAGAAAUUUCUCUAGUAGUUUGAUGGAGCGUCCAAGUUAUCUUCCCAUUAUGACCUCACUAUCUGUUUUUAUUUUUAGCGCGUUACAGUCAGGUUUAGUUCGGUUCUUUAGCUGGAAGCUUCGUUCCAUUGGUAACAUGGCAUCUGAUUAGUGCCAGGUCUUGUUAAUCCAGCAAUGUAUUAUUUAAUUAAGGAAAUGCCUUUUUUAUCC